UAAUCUAAAGUCCGGUAUACUUUCCAGCAAUGCCAAACGUCGUGUUGUGGAUAGUUUUUCUCGCGCUCUGUAAUGUACCUUUCACGCGGUCUUCGUUGUGUCCAGUUGGUUGUGAAUGUUCUGAAGCCGCGCAAACUGUAAAAUGUGUUUCUAAAGCUCUUCGAAAUAUACCUACUGGAAUUCCUGCUUACACAAGGAUUUUGUUUAUUACGGGAAACCACAUUGGACGAAUUGGUCCAGACUCUUUCACGGGACUCGACAAUGUAACGACGUUGUCACUCAGCAACAACAGAAUAUCUGAAGUGGAGUCCUACACCUUCUCCAGCCUACAUAGCCUCAGAUCACUAGAUCUAAGUGGUAACCAUCUGGUGGUGAUCCACCCUGAGGCCUUCACAAUAAAGAGUCAUGUGCUGAGAGAGCUGAAUCUCAGCAAGGCGCUUUAUAACCACACCUCGGUCACUGACCUGGCUACAGCUCUGCGCUGGAGCAGCCUGGAAAGUCUGAUUGAAAUGGACCUAUCCAGCAACAAUCUGAUCUACCUACCUCCUCGCAUUUUCUCUUAUCUAAGCAGCCUGCGCUACCUUCAGCUAACUAACAACUCUAUAAUAUCUAUCAACAAUGAGACAUUUCUGGGUCUGGAACAACUAGAUGAACUAGAUAUCAGUCUUAAUGCCCUUAAGAACUUUAAGGAGGAAGGCUUGUCAGAGUUGGAUCGCAUGCCAAGAGCAAAGCUACACCUUGGGCAAAACCCUUACACCUGUACCUGUGGAAUUGAAUCUUUUACCACUUGGCUAAAUACUUCACAUGAGCGUGUGGUUGAUGUGGAUCAUCUGGUCUGCAUGUUCCCAUUUGAACUGCGCAACAUGUCUCUGCUGACAGAGGACACAUUGGAGCUGGGUUGUCAUCUGACAGGGGAUAGCACCAAUAUGGUUUUGCAAACAUCCUAUGUAUUCUUAGGAAUUGUGUUGGGCUUUGUGGGCUUCAUGUUUCUUUUUGUGCUGUACCUAAACCGUAAAGGCAUUAAAAAGCGUGUCUAUGAUUUGCGUGACACCUGCAGAGAGGUUUGGGAGGGAUAUCAUUACCGCUAUGAGAUUGACUCUGACCCCAGAUUGUCACAGGUCUCCACCACUGCAGAUGUGCAGAUUGGACCUUAGCUCUUUUCAAUCAAACCCCUAAUUGUAACACUAAUCAAGCACAUUUAUAUAUGGAUAAAAUCACUGUGUGGACAUGGUAACUUACCCUAUGAACUGCCUUUUUUUGAUGGUCUUAGGAGCUAUCAUUACAAGGACACAACACACUUAAAUCUUCAGUUUAUACACUCAUCACCCAUUCAAAGCAACACUUAAAGUAACUAAUUUCCACUGCUUUCAGUUUUUUAUUACCGCCUUGUCAUACACAUGCA